CCUAGCCUUGGGUAAGCUAGGGGAAGGACGGUAGGAUGUGUCCGGGGGCGCUGGCCUGCCUUGCUUAGGUAAUCUACUGGGUAGACUCUCUGAAUUGGCCCUAUAGGAGAUUGCAUGAGCCUGGCGUCCGAAGUUCCUGUACGGCAAGCCGUCAUGGACCAGAAGCCCGGGGAAACGGACAAGGCCUAUCAGUUCCGGAUGCUGCUUCUGAUUACCGAAGCCAAGCAACGGUUGAAUGCAGUAGCAGCCGCAACAAAGAAGAAGGCAGAGGACACCGAAAAGGCGCGUUUGUUGGCAAUCGAACAGCAGUGCCAUCAAAACGAGGCAGCAGCAAAGGCUGCCGAUGAAGAGCGAAUUCAACAACGCAAGAAGAUAUUUAGCGGAGAGCGAUCCUUGCUCACAAUGGCAGCGAACUGGCGGGCCGAGGCCGAGAAUGGGAAGAUGGAAGAGAGUGAAAACAAGACCGCUCUACUCCUCUCCCAUCUCACGGACCUCCUGGCAACAUGCAUUACACAGCAAGAUGACAUCCACAGCCUCGACGACGCGUUGUCUCAAGCCCACAGCCGCCUCCACGAGUUGGAGCAGCGACCCAUCACCGCCCCCGAUGCCAGCUUUUCCAACACCUCCGAUCGCCUCGAGGCAUUGGAGAUUGACGUCGGAUCCCUCAAGGGCGGCGUGCAGUUACAGCAAACCGCAACGCAACAGUUGGAGCAGCAGAUCUGUACUGCCGCCAACCACUCGAGCUCGGAACCGCGCGAGACAACUCCAAAGUUCGAUGGGCAGGAGUCUGGAGAUUUUCCGCGACUCGACGAAGACGGACCCGAUUCCAUGGUUUCGCAAGUUCGAGCUCAAGUUGCAACUCCACCACUUCGGCAAACACAAGCACCACGCGUACUUUUACUCCCGGUCGGGGGGCGCGUGCCAAGCAUGGUUGGACAAUCUUUUGUCCAAGUACGGAGUGGUGGCUGCCGACUUGCACACCAAGAUCAGUUGGGAUGAUCUAAAGGCGGGGUGGCAUAAGCGGUUCCAAGUAGAGCCGCCGGAGAUAAAGGUAAUGGACAAGC